AUGGAAUACCAGGCUUUGUCACCAAUACGGUUUAGCAUAUAUUCAUCAAAUUCGGAGCUAACAUGCUCGAAUUUAUUUGUGAGUGCAUCUCCAAAGUCAUCCGUGGCCCGGUUAUUACAAUUUGUGCAUUGGUCUCUAUAUGUUAGAGGGGUUAAGAGAUUAGAAUUACCAUCCCAUUAUGCUCUAAAGUAUUUAAAUCAAGAGUUAGCGUUAACUACGUUGUGCAGUGAGAUUGGGGAUAAUGGUAUGUGUCUGCUUCGGUUGGAAUUGGAUCGUAGACAGAAUUUGGGAGCCACAUCCAUUAGCUUGGAGUACGAUCUAGAGACGGAAUUUUUAACGACGAACGUGCAAUUCCAUAUAUAUGCGUUGUCUAUUGAAAAGUUUUGCACGGUGAUAAAAUAUGAUAUCCCUUUGACCUCGUCGAUUUCUGAUUUAAGGCGGAUGGCCAGUGAUAUAUUGAAUGAAUAUGAAACGAAAAGUUCAAAGAACCUCUGUUCAGUUAAGAACCACUCUCCGGAUGACCUUACAGCAUUCCAAAUAGCUGGUAGGGCACAUCCGAUAGAUAUGUCCGUCAAUGGCUCCGAGAUGGAACUUUCCGGUGUCAGAUUAAAGGACUUGUUGGGAUUUGAUUUUGCACCAGCACAUUCAUCCCACUGUUCUAUUAUGUUUAAGGCGAACCAUAGUCAAGAUAAUAAUGGGAUUGUUUUGGAAUUUGUGUCUGAUUCUACCUUGAUAAUGAACAAGAUGAAUGUGGCAAUGGAUACUACUGUCCAAGAUGUCAAAGAAUUUAUUUGUUCUGUUUAUGGCCAUGCGUUACGGAUAUCUCCUUCUGACAUUAUGCUCGUUUAUGGAGGUCAGUUGAUAGAUGAUGCCAAUUAUGCGGGAAGAUCUUGCAGAAUUCUGGAAUACAUAUCGGACACAAACUAUAGAAAACUACAUGUAAAAAUCAAUGAAGAGUUCAAUCAACCGGGUGGCCCAGGAUUUUGGUCCGAGUUGUUUUCUAGUCCUGAUAGGUUUUCGUUUAAUCCCAUUCGGCCUAAUUCUUCACCUUAUCAGCAUGCAUAUCAGCAUGUACACGAAAUUACGCCUGCAACAUCUGCAACCUUUAUGAAUCGAACCCCUUACAACAAUUUACAACACCUAACUAGUUUUUCUUCAAUGGUCACUCCAUCAGACAUGUCUCUUGCUGCAAAUGCACAGAAUUCUACAAAUCCAAACCUCGGGAUGUAUCAUCCACGGACACUGAAGCAGACAAUUCAACCUGAGCUCCAAUUUUUUUUAACUGAAGAUGGCCAACCCCUGGAAAGGACAGGUGAAAUAUUUGAAAAAGUGAAGGUAAAUGAGAAGUCCUUUUUUGUAGCCAAACAAGAGUUCGAUGGAAACAUUAAUGAACUAACUAUAAGUGGUCAUUUGAUCCGUAUUAGCUCUGACGACUAUUACACCCUUCCUGAUCAAAUUCUUUUAAAGCCCAAUGUCGUGAGGAAGAUAGAAUCAAUACUAGGAACACGAGUUCAACAGUUCCAAGUACCAGAUGAUCCAUCUCGAUCGUUCCAAUUCCAACAUUCUGAUUCUGAGAACUGUUUGCACCCACCAUAUAGGACUUCGGACAACGAUUCAGUAGCCACCACAACAGCCACCGUCUCGAACAAUAGUCGACAAGAUCUUUUGAGAGAGAAGCUGAAAUGUUUGUAUAGGGCCGUCAAGUCGAGUUUACCCCUCAUGUUCACAGCACUCGUACAGGCUUUUAUUGCCACCAUCACGGUGGUGUUCAGUGGCAUCAUUUUCCUGAAAUUCGGAUACGUAUUCGGCACCUUCUGCCUCCUAUGCUUGUGCCAAAAACUAGACCAACUCUUUGAAAUCUGGGUCGAGUGCUGCUAUGGUGCCGAUAGUACUAUUGGUGAACAAGAAAUGGCCGCCUUAAAACGCGUAGUUGCUGGUCCCCUACCGGCAGGCAUCAUCCGAUUCAAUAAAUACCUAAUUAUCAGCCAAAUGGAACAAGUCCUUGCCUCGAAACUAGAAUCCGACCCAGAACUCAAAUCCCGUCUAUGUGAAAACUAUUCCAUCGAAGAGGACGUCCCCCUUCUGGCAGUUGUCCCAUCCAUUUUGUAUCGGUCCUCCCUUCCAAUAUACAAAGACAGAAACUUUGAGCCCCUCCGCGCCCUAUUCGCUGACCUCCUACAAAGCAUCAGCGAUGACCUGGAUAACUUCCCGACUGUCCGCGCCCCGCAAUUGCGUCUAAUCAUGUUUCUACGUUUCUAUAUCUUCUACAAAAACCUCCAGCGCUUUAGAAUCAUGAACUACAUGUCAAGAAUCUUCCUCGCCCUCUACGACUACCUCAACGGUGGCCUAAUGCUCCAAGUCCUGACAGAUCCCACAAAGGACUCGUUCCUACUGGCCACUGCCAAAAACAUCCUCUUAUUCAUACUAAUGCUGGCACCCCUCUUCCAAGACCAAUUUGAACAAAUUAUGACUCAGCGUGCAGCCCGCAAUACCGACGCCCUAGAACCAGCCAUAUCUAAUCAAGAAAAUGUUCAAAUUCAAAAUGAAAAUGGAAAUAAUAAUAACCACUACAAUAACAACAACAAUAUGGAAAUCGAUACCGCUGCUCAAGCCUCGUCAUCCAACGAAUCGCAGCAACCGGAAACGAUCCCAACUGCACCUGGCUCAUUACACGCCUCAGGUGCUGAAAUACACGAUCUAGACUUUGAGGUGGACAUGGGCAUCGAUUGA